GUGGCUUGUGAGUUUGGCGGAGUGCUGGCAAAGUCAAACAUUUUGUUGUGCAGUCGCUGCGAAGAAUCAUAUGGAUGGACUGCGCGUUACCUCGAAUGGCUACGUGUGAACCCUACGGACAGCAAUGUUGUCAGCUCCUACGCAGCGCAACUGUACCAGCUGAUCAGCUGGUGGAUGCUUGUGCAGGUAAAGGUUCUUGAGUCGGGUAUCUGCCUCACGUGGCGGAUUGUAGUUCGUUGUUUGCUGAGUACACUAGCCGGUAGCCAGUAUCUGCCUCACGUGGCGGAUUGUAGUUCGGUGUUUGCAGAGUACACUAGCCGGUAG